AUGGAUCGAAGUUGGAUAACAACAACAAAAUUGGGGGAUCCAAAAUACAAAGCUGGAGUUAUGGAAUUUCUCAAAUUUGCUUUGGAUAAUAAUAGUGAAGGUCGUGAUAGGUUGCCUUGUCCUUGUUAUAUGUGUCACAAUCUUAUGCAUCAUAAAGUUGACGAAAUACUCAACCAUUUGAGUAAAUGGGAAUUUGAUAUAACAUAUACUCAUUGGUAUCGUCAUGGUGAAAAAAGGGAAGAAACUUCUGCCCAUCAAGGCGAUAAUACUGAUGAAGGUGGUACCUUGGAGGAAAUGAUGGAUCAACUUCAUGAAAUAGUUGAUAAUGAUCCUCAGGUGAUAGAGGAAUUGUUGACUGAUUCUGAACUGCCCUUAUACAAAGAGAGUAAGUACACAAAACUAUCGGCUAUAGUUAAGCUUUACAAUGUGAAGGUGGGUCAUAGUGUGACGAAUCAGUGUUUUACGACGUUCCUUAAGGUGUUUAAAGACAUACUUCCACCCGAAAAUGUUUUGCCUAGCCGUACUUAUAAGGCAAAAAAGAUGUUGUGCACAACGGACUUGAAUUACGAAAAAAUUCAUGCUUGUCCUAACGAUUGCAUACUGUAUCGAGAUGAAUUUGAAGCUUUAAAGAAAUGUCCUGAGUGCAAUGUCUCGAGGUACAAGAAAAAGGAAGGAGUUUCGGCUAAGGUUUUGUGGUACUUUCCAAUAAUACAAAGGUUCAAACGAAUGUAUGCAGAUGCAGGAGAUGCAGAGAAGUUGACAUGGCAUAAAUUUGGUCGGAAAAAAAAUGAUGGGUUACUAAGACAUCCAGCUGAUUCUCCGCAAUGGAAAUUUAUUGAUGGAAAGUUCGAUGAUUUUGGUAAAGAAGAAAGAAAUCUACGCCUUGGAUUGUCUACUGAUGGUAUGAAUCCAUAUAGUUCCCUUAGUAGCACCUAUAGUACUUGGCCGGUCAUGUUGGUGACUUACAACUUACCUCCUUCCUUAUGUAUGAAAAGAAACUAUAUUAUCUUGUCAAUGCUUAUAUCUGGGCCAAAACAGCCAGGAAAUGACAUUGAUGUGUACUUGGCACCUCUUAUUGACGAUUUAAAGUUAUUGUGGGAAAAAGGGGUUGAAGUGUUCGAUGGCAGUCGGAAUGAAAUGUUCAAUUUAAGAGCCAUGUUAUUCUGCACUAUGCAAGAUUAUCCAGCAUAUGGUAAUCUUUCUGGUUAUACCGUGAAAGGAGAAUGUGCGUGUCCUAUAUGUGAAGAUGGUUGGAAGGGAAGAUGGGUAAAAGCAUCGGGAAAGAAUGUCUACUUUGAUCAUCGUCCAUUUCUUCCUCAUGAUCAUCCGUACCGCAAACUGAAAAAGGCUUUUAAUGGGGAACAAAAUUUUUGA